AUGGAGAUAAUAUUUGAAAAGAAGAUGAUUCUGACUCAGAUCCUGUCUGCUGACACAGAUUUUGUUCUCCAACAUGUGCAGCAGAACAAACUCAUCACUGAUCGUGACUAUAUGGCUCUUAACAGCCGACCACAAAACACUUAUGAGAUGCCUCGUGAAUUACUGGAUUUACUGAGAAACAAGGGGGAAGACACGUGUCAGAAAUUCAUAGGUUUACUGAAGCAGCAGUGUAUGCUGGACCAAUAUCCAAGGCUGAAAGAUGUCUUCUCACAUGUGCCACUGGGUCUCAGAAAAGAGAAAUUUAAAUGCAUUUAUGAAGGAACUUCAGAGGAGGGAGAGCAUACAUUCUUAAAUCAAAUCUUCACAGAACUGUACAUAGUAGAUGGUUUUACAGGAGAAGUGUGCCGUGAUCAUGAGGUGAUGCAGCUGGAAGAAUCCUCUAGAAGAGCUGCUACAGAACAAACCUCAGUCAAAUGCAAUGAUAUUUUUAGAGUUCAGUCUGAGAAACACACUCCUGUCCGAACAGUGCUGACAUUAGGGAUUGCUGGCAUUGGAAAGACAGUUUCUGUGCAGAAGUUUGUCCUGGACUGGGCAGAAGGAAGAGCCAAUCAGGAUGUAGAUUUCAUGUUUGUACUUCCUUUCAGAGAGCUGAACUUGCUAAAAGAUGACCAGUUCAGUCUUCCUGAACUUCUUCUUUACUUCCAUCCUGAACUUGAAGAACUAAAAGAGGCUCACAUAUACCAAGGGAGUAAACUUCUUUUCAUCUUUGAUGGUCUUGAUGAAAAUCAGAUUCCAUUGGAACUGGAACAAAGCAAAAAGCUCUCCGACAUAACAAAAAAGUCACCUAUAAACCUGCUGAUAACAAACCUUAUCAAAGGAGAGCUGCUGCCCUCUGCUCUCAUCUGGAUAACUUCUCGACCAGCAGCAGCCAGUCAGAUCAAUCGAAAGUACAUCUACCGUGUUACAGAAAUAAAAGGAUUUAGUGACACACAGAAAGAGGAAUACUUCAGAAGGAGGAUCAGAGAUGAGGAUAAAGUGCAAAGAAUUCUCUCACACUUAAAGAAAUCAAGGAGUCUCCACAUCAUGUGCCACAUACCAGUUUUCUGUAGGAUUACAGCCACUGUGCUGCAGGAAAUGUUGAAGGGAGAUGAAAAAGUGAAAAAUGACAAGGUGAUCACUGCUCCAACUACUUUGACAGAAAUGUAUCUGCGUUUUCUGCUCAUUCAGACAAAUCAAAUGAAAGAGCGACACACUGGAAAUGAUGGGUGUCUGCUACUGAAGCUUGGCAAGUUGGCAUUUUCUCAGCUGGAAAAGAGAAAUAUUGUAUUUUACGAGACAGACCUCAAGAACUGUGGUUUUGAUGUCGAACAGGAUGUGAUGGACUCAGGGAUCUUCACACAGAUCUUAAAAAAUGGGAGAAAGGAAUUCAGCUUCAUGCAUUUGAGCUUUCAGGAGUUUCUCGCUGCCUUAUAUGUGUUUCUAAUGUUUACAAGUGAACAAAACAAAGUCACACAGCCUUUGAGCAAAUUUCUAAAGUUAAUGACAAACACAAACACAUUGCAUGAUCUCCACAAGACAGCUAUAGAUAAGGCCCUACAGAGUAAGAAUGGUCACCUGGACGUUUUCCUGCGCUUUCUCCUCGGCUUCUCACUGGAGAUCAAUCAAAAACACUUGAAAACACUUCUACCAGACACAGAAAUCAGACAAGAGAGUGUGAAGAAAACAGUUGACUACAUCAAGAGGAAACUCAACAGUAACAUUUCAUCAGAGAGGAGCAUCAAUCUUCUCUACUGUCUCAGUGAAAUGAAUGACUCACUCUUGUCUGAAAUCCAGAAUCAUCUGAGCUCAGGAUCAUCAUCAGAGAAACUCUCAUCUGCCCAGUGGUCAGCUCUGGUGUUUGUGUUGCAGAUGUCAGAGGAGACUCAGGAAAAGUUUGACCUGAAGAAAUUCAGAGGAUCAGAUGAAGGGCUGAAGAAAUUGCUACCUGUGGUGAAAAACACCAGGCGGGCUUUACUUGCUGAUUGUAAUCUCACUGAACAGUCCUGUGAAGCUGUAGCCUCAGUUCUACAGUCAGUAAACUGUCCCCUGAGAGAACUGGACCUGAGUAACAAUGACCUUCAGGAUUCAGGAGUGAAGCUGCUCUGUGUGGGACUGAAGAAUCCACACUGUAAACUGGAGAUACUGAGACUUGCUCUCUGUAAACUCACUGAUCAGUCCUGUAAAGCUGUAGACUCAGUUCUACAGUCAGUAAACUGUCCCCUGAGAGAACUGGACCUGAGUAAGAAUGAUCUUCAGGAUUCAGGAGUGAAAUUUCUCUGCGCGGGUCUGAAGAAUCCACACUGUAAACUGGAGAUACUGAGGUUGCCUGGCUGCUUAGUGAGUGAAGAAGGCUGCUCUUUUCUGCAUUCAGCUUUGUGUUCAAACCCCUCACACCUGAGAGAGCUGGAUCUGAGCUACAAUCACCCAGGAGACUCAGGAGUGAAGCUGCUCUCUGAGAGAGAGAGGGAUCCACACUGUCGACUGGACAUACUCAAUGUGGAUCACGGAGAUCUCACACUGGACCCAAACACAGUAGACACACAACUCUCUCUGUCUGAGGGGAACAGAAAGGUGACAUGUGUGAGAGAGAAACAGUCGUAUCCUGAUCGUCCAGAGAGAUUUGAUGUCUGUCGUCAGGUCAUGUGUAGAGAGAGUCUGACUGGAUGCUGUUACUGGGAGACUGAGUGGAGUGGAGUCGCUCAUUUAGCAGUGACAUAUAAAGGAAUCAGGAGGAAAGGAGACAGUUAUGACUGUGUGUUUGGACACAAUGAAAAGUCCUGGAGUCUGGAGUGCUCUGGAAACAGUUACACUGCCUGGCACAAUAAUCAGAGAACUGUCAGACCUGCCCCCCCCUCACACACACACAGAGUAGGAGUGUAUCUGGACUGCUCGUCUGGAACUGUGUCCUUCUACAGCGUCUCCUCUGACACACACACACUCACACACAUACACACAUUUUACUGCACAUUCACUGAACCCCUCUAUGCAGGGUUUAGGGUUUAUUAUUAUGGCUCCUUGGUGUCACUGUGUCAGAUGAAAUAA